GUUCAUACUGAAGCUGCUGAUAAAGAAGAGUCACCUGAAGAGGAAGUUAUCAGAAGAAAACAUUUGGUCAUAUUCCUUCGUAGAUGCCAACUGUUUUGCUACAAAAUAGCCAAGCACCCAGGACUUGAACUUUUUGUUGGAUUUUGUAUUGCUAUCAACACAAUAACAAUGUCCAUAUACCAUGAUGGAAUGGAUCCAGACAUUCAACAUGCUUUAGAGAAAGCAAAUAUUGGUAGGAGUUUUAAAGACUCUCACGGAACUGUUAAUAAGUCAACUAAACAUUCUUGCAACUCGGAGUCUUCCAUCAGGCAUUAUUUUUCUUCUGCACGAGAUAAACUGAAAAACGUGAAACGUCGUGUUCAACUGAUCGUGAAUUCCAACUACUUUGAAACAUUUGUACUGACAGUAAUUGCUAUAAGUAGCAUUAUGUUGUGCUUCGAAGACGUACGACUUCCCGAACGUCCGCAGUUGCAAAAAGCUUUGUUUUGGUUGAACGUGGUGUUUACCAUAGUGUUUACUCUCGAAAUGAUACUGAAAUGGAUAGGUAUUGGUUUUAUAAAUUAUUUCAGUAUUGGCUGGAAUAUCGUCGAUUUUACUGUAGUGCUGGGUUCCUUACUAGACUUGGCUUUGGGAGAAAGUCAGUUGUCCAGUCUACGAGCUAUCAGAGCACUUCGAGCGUUACGUCCCUUACGGGCUAUAUCUCGUUGGAAAGGGAUGAAAGUUGUCGUAACUUCGCUGUUAUCAGCCAUCCCUUCCAUUUUAAAUGUGCUGCUCGUCUGUCUACUAUUUUGGUUAAUAUUCUGUAUCAUAGGGGUUCAGAUUUUUGCUGGUUUAUUCUACAAAUGCGUCAAUAAGGACGGAGAACGUUUGCAAAUAUCCGAGGUUAACAACAAAACAGAAUGUUUAGCUAAGAAUUACUCCUGGGUGAAUUCCAAGGUGAACUUUGAUAAUGUACCAAAUGGAUAUCUAGCUCUUUAUCAAGUGGCGCUUUUUGAAGGGUGGAUGGAAAUCAUGGAAGAUGCCAUCGAUAUCAGGGGGAAGAACCUACAACCUGAAAAGGAAGCCAACUUCAUUGCUUAUCUGUAUUUUGUGGUUUAUAUCCUGUUUGGUUCAUUUUUUAUCCUCAAUCUCUUCAUCGGUGUCAUCAUAGAUACCUUUAAUGUCAUGAAGAAAAAGUUUGAAAAAGGAUUGGCCGAGUUGAUGAUGUCCGAUGUCCAGCGAAGUUUUUACCAUUGUAUGAUAAAAUUUGGGAAACGGAAACCUCAAAAGAUGGUUCAACAGCCUAAAAACAUCAUCGGAGCUCACUGCUACGUCAUUGCUCGCGGAAGAUG